AUGCCGGUACCGCUGCCGGUUCUGCUCCCGGGGCUGAUCCCGCUCCCGGCGCCGCGUGAGGGGCCGGACUACAACUCCCGGCGUGCACCGCGCGCGCCCUUGGGCUCCGUGAGGGGCCGGACUACAGCUCCCGGCGUGCACCGCGCGCGGGCAUUGCUGACCAUGCGCACUGUGAGGGGCCGGACUACAGCUCCCGGCGUGCACCGCGCGAGCAGCCCGCCAAGGGGAGCCACGGCAGGGUCCGCGCCGUCAAGGCCACGCCCCUCGCGCAGAGGCCACGCCCCCAAACAAAGCCCCGCCCCCUCGGCCGGUUGGCGGCGGCGGCACCGAACGGAACCGAGCGGAACCGAACGGAACCGAGCGGGACCGAGCGGGACGGGAGCGCCGCCCAGGCCCCGCCUCGGGCACGGCCGAACCUUCCCCGAGCAGCACCGACCCUCUUCGGGACAGCACCGAACCUUCCCUCAAACAGCACCGAGCCUUUCCGAGCGGCACCGAACUUUCCCGAACUGCACCGACCCUUCCCGGGCAGCACCGAGCCGUGUCCGGGCCGUUCCGGGCGGUGCCAGCGCUGACCGGACACCGCUGACCGCUGUCCCGACCUUGUGCCAGGCCGUGCCGGGCACCCGGAGCCGCUCCCGGUCCCUCCGGUGCCGUUCCCUGUCCGCGCCCGCGGUUCCCUCCCGGUCCCGUUCCCGGUCCCUUCGGUGCCGUUCCCUGCCCGCGCCCGCGGUUCGCUCCCGGUCCCUCCGUUCCCGCUCCCGCUCUCGGUCCCAUUCCCGGUCCGUCCGUUCCCGGUCCGUGCCCGCGCGUCGCUCCCGGUCCCUCCGUUCCAGCUCCCGCUCCCGGUCCCGCUCCUGGUCCCGUUCCCGGUCCCUCCGCUCCUAUUCUCGGUGCCGCUCCGGUUCCCGGUCCGUGCCCACGGUUCGGUGCCGGUCCCUCCGCUCCCGUUCCCGGUUCCGUUCCCGUUCCCGGUCCGUGCCCGCGGUUCGCUCCCGGUGCCGUUCCCGGUCCCGCUCCCCGUCUCGGUCGCGGUCCCUCCGCUCUCGGUCCCGUUCCCGCUCCCGGUCCGUGCCCGCCGUUCGCUCCCGGUCCCGCUCCCGUUACCGCUCUCUGUCCCGGUCCCGCUCCCGUUCCCUGUCCCGCUCCCGGUGCCGCUCCCGUUCCCUCCGUUCCCGUUCCCGUUCCCUGUCC